AUGGCUACUCGAACCGCAGCGGGGGACCUCCGACAGUUCCUCAAAGAGCUGCACGAUGAGAACGACCUUCUUAUCGUCAAGAAAGAGGUUGAUCCUGCUAUGGAAUUAGCGGCUAUAACACGGAGGGUCUAUGAGACUGAAGAAAAAGCCCCUCUCUUCGAGAACAUCAAGGGUCGAGAAGGAAACGGCCUCUUUCGCGUGCUCGGAGCACCAGUUGGACUCAGUCGCGUUCCCGGCCAGAGAUUUGGUCGGAUCGCGAAGUCCCUCGGCUUACCCUCCAAAGCAUCAGGAAGUAAAAUUAUCGCCAAGAUCAAUACGGCUAGAAGCCUUCAACCGCUAGAGCCAAAAGAGGUCUCGACUGGUCCUGUGAAAGAGCAUAAGCUUUUCGGAGACGAUAUCGAUUUGACUGCCCUUCCGACCCCUUUGUUACAUCAACAUGAUGGAGGAAAGUUUCUCGAGACCUUUGGUAUGCACAUUGUGCAAACACCGGAUGGAAGUUGGACGAAUUGGUCGAUCACUCGCGGCAUGGUUCACGAUAAGCGCAACCUUGUCGGUCCUAUUAUCCCCAAGCAAGAUAUCGGCAUCAUCUAUCAGAUGUGGAAAGAUAAAGGCGAAGAUAUGCCUUGGGCAUUAUGCUUUGGCGUACCCCCAGCUGCAAUCAUGGUCGGUGGUAUGCCGAUACCGAAGUGGACCGACGAAGCUGGAUUCAUCGGUGCACUGGUUGGAAACCCCCUUGAAGUCGUGAAGUGCGAAACAAACGAUAUCCGAGUUCCAGCAAAUGCCGAGUUUGUAUUCGAGGGAACUGUCUCAAUCACCGAAACUGCUCCCGAGGGCCCUAUGAUGGAAUACCAUGGGCAUGUUUGGCCGAACAAAUCUAAGCCGUGCCCUCUUUUCAAAGUGAAUGCCCUCACCUACCGCGAGGACCCGAUUUUGCCGAUCUGUAUAACUGGAAGGUCAACUGAGGAAAGUCACACAGUGUGGGCUGUGAUGAUCGUUGCGGAAGUCUUGCAUAUUUGUCAAAGCGCAGGUUUGCCUAUCCAGAAUGCUUGGUGUCCCUUUGAAUCUCAUGCCAUAUCGUAUGUCUUGCAAGUGGACCGCAAAAAGCUGUUGGAAAUGAAAACAAACAUGUCCGAAUUUUCCAACAAAGUCGGCCAUGUGGUAUUUGGCUCGAAGCCGGGUUGGUACAUGGGCAAGAUUUUCUUGGUUGGGGAAGACGUUGACCCAACGGACCUCCGUGACGUUAUCUGGGCCGAGUCAACACGCUGCGAGCCUGGGACAAGCGAGUUCCUGUUUGACGAAUAUGGAAACAUUCCGCUGAUUCCUUAUGUGGGAUACGGAACCAAGCCGGAGCGCAAUCACAAAAAGGUCGUCAAAUGUUGUAUGCUACCUUCGGAAUUCGAAGACGAGGAACUUUCUUGGAAAGUGGGCUCUUUUUGGGGGUCUUACCCCAAGGAUGUUCAGGAUAAAGUGGAGCGCGACUGGGUGAAGUAUGGAUUCGAAAGUCUGUGA